CGCGCUGGAGGGAACCAAAUUCCGCCGUAUAUUUGCAGUUGUAAAUUUCAUAUUCAAAAAUCAAAACUAACCCCCAACCUAUAUAUACCCGAUUACCCUCUGUCCAAUUCCGCUUUUUCCCCGAAAUCUGAAGAUUGACCAUUUUAGCUAACUAAUUAAAAAAGGAUGCUGACUACUGCCAGCGAUGAUGGCUACGCCGCCCAUGGAAAUCAGCAGACCAAGUUACUCCCCAAACGCAUAAUCUUAGUCCGCCACGGCGAGAGCCAAGGCAACAAGGACGGCGCCGCCUACGCCAUGACCCCCGACUACAAGAUCUCAUUGACGCCGGAGGGAAUCGAGCAGGCGAAGCAGGCCGGGUCGAGCAUCCGGCGACUUCUCUCCGAUGGAGGCGGGAACUGGAAGGUCUACUUCUACGUCUCCCCGUACGAGCGCACGCGGUCCACUCUCCGCGAGAUCGGUCGGGCGUUCCCGAGGAAACGGGUCAUCGGGGUCAGGGAGGAGUGUCGGAUCCGGGAGCAGGAUUUCGGAAACUUCCAGGUGACGGAGAGGAUGAAGGUGAUUAAGGAGACUAGGGAGAAGUUUGGGCGCUUCUUCUACCGUUUUCCCGAAGGUGAAUCUGCCGCAGACGUUUUCGAUCGCGUUUCGAGCUUCCUAGAAUCACUAUGGAGGGACAUAGAUAUGCAAAGACUCCAACACCAGCACCCCUCUGAUGAAUUGAAUCUUGUAAUUGUGUCUCACGGACUAGCGAUACGCGUCUUCAUGAUGAAGUGGUUCAAGUGGACGGUUGAGCAGUUCGAGCGUCUGAACAAUCCCACAAAUUGCGAGAUUCGAGUAAUGCAGUUAGGGAAUGGAGGAGAGUACAGUUUAGCCGUCCAUCAUUCUGAAGAAACGAUGGAAGCUUGGGGGCUGUCACCCGAGAUGAUUGAAGACCAAAUGUGGCGGGUUGAUGCCCCUAGAGGUGCUUGGAAUGAGAAAUGUCCUUGGUACCUAAGUGCUUUUCUUGACACUUAUGCUGAAGAAGAAGAAGAGACUUUAUUGUGAAGAUGCGAAUGGAAUUUGAAUUUAAGUUUUUAUAGAUGUGGUUCUCUUAUGUCACCCCCCUCCUCCACACCCCUAUGGCCCUAUAUGCGGUUUGCAGUUAGACUAAGGCUUUUCUUCCAAGUUAAACUAGGACACUAAAAUAUAUGUCAUUUUUUGUCCUAACUGGGAAGAUAUAUGUGAAUAUCUCAAUUUGCAUUGUUGAUAUCUUUUAGAGUUCACAUUUCCAGCAAAUUCUGAUGCUGAGCUUUUGAUAUUAUAACUUCGAUUGUACUUCUGAUUAGUUUGGC